AUGGAAUCGCUGCCUCCACCAGCAGUGAGAGUUUGGAAGGUUUCCGGUGAUGAAGUGGCCACACUCUCGGCAGAAGACGCGUUGGACCUGAGCAAUGUUCGGAGUUUGAAGAGGUACCUUGCAAGGGAGCACGGGCUGCCAGGAUUCUGUCAGAGGCUGUUGCAGAACGGAUUGGAGUUGGAGGAUCACGCUGUGGUCGACUUCCCCAGUGAGCCGCAGCUGGUCAUGGUGCAAUCCCAUGUUGUCUCUCCCGCGAAAGAAUGGCAGUUGGCAAAUUCUUUUCAUUCACGGGACCUGCAGCAAGCUGAGUCUAUUCUGGGAGAGCCGUGCGAUCUCAGAAGUGUCUUGAGGCCAAUCCUAAGCAAUGCAGCCGCGGCCGGACAUACAGAGGCCGUCGAUCUACUCUUGUUUGCAAAUCCUCGUCCGGGUCUCAACAGUCUCGGCACAUCUUUGCACGCGGCCUCGGAAGGAGGCUGCGUCGAUGUUGUGCGCCUGUUGCUGCGGGCUCGUGCGGACAAAGACGCGCUAAUCUCCGGAAAAACACCACUUUCCAAGUCGGCUGGCAGAGGUCGCAUGGAAGUUCUUAGCCUGUUGCUGGAGGCCGGUGCCGACAUGGAGAAGGGCUCCCCUCUGUGUUCCGCCUGUGCCAGCGGAGUCGCAGAAGCUGUUCGAAUGCUGCUCAGUGCAGGUGCUGACGCACGCACCAGGGCGGCAGACGGGCCGCCUGUAUACAUAGCCGCUGAUAGAGGCGACAUUGACAUAUUGAAAUUGGUUCUGGAAGCAAGGGCCAAUGCAAACGACACAUCAGGAGAAGACACGCCGCUUUACAGAGCUUCGUUCCGAGGUUAUGCAGUCACAGUCCGCCUGCUACUGGAGGCCAUGGCGACUGUCGAUACACUCGUGCAGGGCAAGACGCCCCUGGCGGCCGCGUCGGGGAGGGGUCACAGCAAGACAGUAAGGCUGCUUCUCAAGGCGAAGGCAGACAAGGACACGAGCUCACCACUCUGCUCGGCCAUUCGCAACGAACACGGAGAGGUGGUAUCCGAGUUGCUGACCGCAAGCGCGAACAUGGAAGAUGCAGCUACGGGCGAGACACCACUGGGCUUGGCAGCAGGCAGAGGGAUGGCGGCAAUGGUGCGGAUGCUGUUGCAAGCAAGGGCCGACAUCAACAAGGCUGCAGAAGGGGCUGAAGCACCUCUUUGCAAAGCUUGCGCUGGUGGCCAUGCAGACGUCGUGCGCUUGUUGCUGGAGGCUGGAGCGGACAGAACUGUGGGUUCGCCUCUUUGUUCAGUUUGUGAUGAAGGACACACGGAGAUCGUGCAGCUGUUGCUGACGGCCCGUGCUGACAAGGAUGCUUGCAACGCCGAUGGCAGAACGCCACUCUGGCUUGCGAGCAGGUUUGACUUUCCGGAUGUUGUACGCUUGCUACUCUCGGCCCAGGCAGAUCCCAACUUCGUUGUACGCCUGGACCUCUGGAUCUCAGGGCAAGAGCGGAAAACGCGUGUCCAAGCAGAAUAG